AACAACCGUGUAGCAAUUCCAGUUUCUGUUUAUGUUCAAGGCUUGAAAAAAGCACUUAUUGCUCUCUUUGCUGCAAACCCUUUUCUUCUUCACCUUCACUGCCUGUCAAUCUUUGCUUCUCAUGUUAUUACAUUACAUGAUCUCAAUAUAUGAGCAUCAUGUCAUGGUGAUGACAGUUCUUCAUGACCAACAUUUGUCAGAAAGGAAAUGAGAAGUCAUGGCCAGCAAGUGCUAUACAAUCUCUUCACAAGAAAAUCAAAAUGGUUACCCUUUUUCCUCUUCCUGUUCUACUUCUUCCUUCCCAUCCCCUUCAAUGGGAAUGGUGUAUGCAGACAUGGUAUCACUCUCUCUUAACUCCAACUUUUCAAAUGUUUCUUCAUCUCAAGAGAGUAACCAUGCCUGCAAGGGCUCUGGAUUGGAAACUGGGAGUACAAACUGGACUUUUCCAUUCAUGAGAGAGUGCCUUCCCAGAAGCUUUGAAGAAGAAAACCCCAACAUGGAUGAUGUGGAGGCAAAAAGUUCUGAUUGCAGUGAUGAGGCUGGGGAAACAAACCACAAUGCUGACUUCAAUGAAGAGAACCCUAAUGAAAACCCUUCCAUUUGCAAAGAAGGAGAUAGUGGACAAUCCAAACUGUGUGCAAGAGGGCAUUGGAGGCCUGCAGAAGAUUCCAAGCUCAAGGAACUUGUUGCUCUUUAUGGUCCCCAAAAUUGGAACUUGAUAGCUGAAAAGUUGGAAGGAAGAUCAGGGAAGAGUUGUAGGCUGAGAUGGUUCAACCAGCUUGAUCCAAGGAUUAACAGGAGGGCUUUCAGUGAAGAAGAGGAAGAAAGGCUAAUGCAGGCACAUAGAAUUUAUGGCAACAAAUGGGCCAUGAUUGCUAGGCUUUUUCCUGGAAGAACAGAUAAUGCUGUGAAGAAUCACUGGCAUGUUAUCAUGGCUAGGAAAUAUAGGGAACAAUCCAAUGCUUACAGGAGGAGAAGGCUCAACAACCAAUCGGUUCACAAAAGAACAACUGAUCAUCAGCAAAAUCAAACCCUUGCUUGCAGAUCAGAUUCCACAACAGAGUUAACAGAACAUCAUGCAUCAUCACACUACCUUCUCAAUGGAUCAGUCCUCAACAAUAACAACAUGGCUGUUGAAUUAACAACCCACAUGAGUGGUUCUGGAAGCAGAAACCAAGCCCCCCCACAUGUUGGCUUCUAUGCUCAACAGUCACCAUUUGAUUUCUUCUCUGGUGAUAGAAGCAAUAUUGACAUGGUGGGAAAGUCUAUCAGUCAUAUCAGAAGCUGGGACAGUACUGGUGAUGAAUUUCAUAAUCAUCAUCACCAUCAACAACAUUAUCAACAUCAUCAACAACAUCAUCAAGUGUCUGGUUUCUACCCACAUUAUCCCCAACAAUAUCUGAUGGGGACACAACAGCCAAACAAUCACAAAUUUUACUGUCUGUCAUCAAGUUCCUCAUCAGCAUCAACAACAACAAGAACAACAUUACCCCAUGUUUCCUUUGCAGAAAAAACAGGUAAAGUUCUGAUGACUGACCCCUCAGAUGCUGUUCCACCUCCUCCAUUUUUCGACUUCCUUGGAGUAGGAGCCACAUGACAUGAUGGUGAUGAUGAUCCAAAAAGCUGCAGAGUUUCCCGGAAAUUCCUCAUGUAGGUGUGGUCCAACAUAACUCAGAAGCCAUUCCAGGCAAAUAGAAAGGAUAGUAUCAGUUUGGUCUCUGGCCGGCGUCAUCACUUGUGUUGUUGAUUGUGAUAUUAUCACGUUUCUGUUUCUCUACUGUGAUUUUAAUUUCCUUUCUUUAAUUUCUUUCCACAGGGGGGCCUUUUCCAUACUAUUCACAAAUAAUGAUAGUUCCAUUCGAUUAUUAAUUA